GGUUCACAGAGAGCAUGGUGGGGACCGACUUUUAAUUGCCAAAGUUCCGCGAUUGACUGACAAGAGACGGCGUGACAACUGGCAAGCACCAACAAACAGCGCAAAUAAUUUCCAGCUUGAAGAAAGCGUCGGCACUGGGCGGUCCCAGGCGUCAUCUCAUUCUUCCCAGUACUAAAACCUCGGUAUUUCCCGUCGCACACCCUGCUCGCCAGCUGUGACUCUACAUAACGAACCAUCUGCACGUCCGCUGCACGGAUCUCGCCAGUUCCUGCAUUGCGCUGCUGCAUUCCCCGAUACCCACCCUAUGGUUCACGAUUAGACUCCUUGCUACAUUCUGGUGGCCACCUCUCCCGUAGAUCAACCGGUCUCUCGGCAACUCCAGCAGCCUGAGCCUUUUCAGGCUCUGGUCACGGCGACGAUGCCAAUGAACGGUGCAGCUGGGGCUGCCAGUACCGGCGAGGGCGGUGAGGCCGUCCUCUCCAAGAUUCACGAGGCACUCAAAGUCGUCCACAGCCCGUAUUCGCCCAACCAAGCGCGACAGGAAGCCCAGGCCUUUCUCGAAGAUGUCAAGACCCUCGCCGAAGCACCCUCGCACGGCUUCAACCUCGCAUUCAAUAAACCCCAAGAGCCCAUUGUCCGCCAUUAUGGCCUGUCGCUACUCGAGCAUGCUGUGAAGCAGAAUUGGGGGGACUACGGCGCCGAGCAUCGGGAAUACAUUCGAUCAUGGGUUCUGCAGCUUGCCGAGACAGUUUCCACCGAAGACCCGCCAUAUCUGAGGAACAAGAUCGCCCAGCUCUGGGUCGAGGUGGCCAAGCGUGCUUGGGUUGCCGACUGGAUGGAUAUGGACCACCUGUUAGUCCGUAUUUGGCGGGGCUCGGACUCGCCAGUUCACAAACAAUUCGUCCUCCAGAUCCUCGAGACGCUCUCAGACGAAAUCUUUAACGGGGAUGACGCUGUGGUCGCUCUCCGCGAGGGGGCCCUGAGCAAGGCAUGCGUCGAGGUUUUCACCCCGGCAGCCAUCCUGACCGAGGCCUUCCCCAACCGUCAAGCCGGCCCCGAUGUGCGGUGCGAGGGUGACGGGUGGCUCAGUAGAAUAACACAACUCAUCAGCGAGUGUCUCAGCGGUGGUAUCGACCAGAGUGAGGAUAUAAGGGCAUGCGCUGUCAAGGCCCUCAACGUCCUCAACUCAGUCGUACCUUGGGCAAUUCCAAAAGCAUUGAAUGCCGUCGGCUGUCGCCCCGUCAUGUGCAGCUGCCUCGCAGCUCCUAGUGUGCCUGUGCAGAAGGCUGCCCUCGAGUCCCUUCACUCGCUAUAUAACCGCUCAAGCUUUACGGAAGAGGAAUUCGUCGAUCUCGUGGUGCCCAUGUACAGCGAAGUCAUGGUUGACCUUUUCAAGAGGCUGUUCGAGUGGUCAGUCGUGGACGCACAGGAUAUCGACGACGACAAGUACCAGUUUGCCAAGAAGUUCUCCGAGACGCUUUGCUCUCUAGGAAAUUACCUAGACAGGAAGUUCGGGGCCAUACCUCCUCAGACUAACAUUCAAGGGUUCCUCGAGCUCUUGAUGCAGGCGGUGCAGAGCCAAAGCCUAGUCGUUUCGAUCCCGAUCCUUCUCACCUGGACACGUCUGCUAUCUCAUCGGUCCCUUGGUCCUGCAGCUGCUGAAAUGCCCUUUAUCGUCAACCUCUUAGAGCUGUGCUGCAGCCGCUUGGUUCGAUAUGAGAAUUUCCCGGAAGACACGGAGGAUCCCGUCUACGUUCUGCUCAUUGAGGAUACAGACACUAUCCCUGAGCGACACGCCUUCCUUGGCAACUAUCGACGGUACUGUUCCUCAGUCAUCGAGAGCAUUGUACACCUCAAAAUGUCCGAUGCAUUCUCGCAUAUACUAGGCAGGGCGGAGCGUGCUUUGAACACCCUUUACGAUGGGCAACCUCCCCUCAACCCUUCCAACUACUCCAAGACCUCCCUGCCUGUUUUAACCGUCGACGCCCACGCGACCGUCAUCGAAGCUGCCCUUAAAGGCUACGACAAGUGGAGGACAUCGCGCAACCGGACCGCCGAGGAGAAACAGCAAGCAACGGCCGUGGAGCAGUAUUUCGAGAAGUGGUGUGGUCAACUCCUCGAGAUGAAGUUCGAGGAUCCUCUAAUUCGAAAACGGAUACUUCAACUCCUGGUAACUUUCUCAACCAGAGCCCUCGACUCAAAGCCCGCGAUCAUGCUUAGGGUGCUGGAGCAUAUCUUGAUGACCUGGCCAGCCCUGCAGCCAGAACAUAGGCUAUUCAAUGAUGCGAUUCGGGAUCUGCAAACCGAAAGCAUGGUUGAGCUGCAACGGCUGGCAUCGAAAAUGCCCGAUCCUCUUCUUGACGUGUACGACCAGUUGGAGGCGAAGGUUCAGGAGAUGAUCGCGUCCGGGACUCUUGAUGAAAAGCGCCAGGUGGCAUACCAAAGCUUCCUGUUCAUCAUCAUUCACCGGGCUACCCACAUUGACCCGGCUGUGCGUCUAUCGAAGCUCACUGCGUUCAUCGAUCCCGUCAAGGACCAGUGGAAGAACGAGUCCUUGAAGCAGGCCUUGGGUUCUUACAAUGGGUUCUGCGAGCUGUUGGGCCUCGAUAAAGUCCAAAAGUACCUGGUCGAGCGCCGCGUUCAUGAGAAUGCUGACUGGGGCUCCACGGAACUCGACGCCGAAGGGCUAGCCCUGCAGGCUGAAAUGGAACAGAGACAAUCGGCCCUACCGCUUCGGGUGACCAAGUCAUUCUUGACAUAUUCGGUUGAGAGGAUAGAUAAAGACUCGCCUGCUUACCAGGCUUCUUGCACCCUUUGGCAAGAUGGGUUCCAGCUCAUCCUGCCAGAGCUGCUCAAGUUUCUGAGCUAUGCCCACGCAUCCCACAACCCAGCAAACUGGAGCUUGCUGCCGGCAGAAAUGCAAUCGGUAGUGGGCCGCCUCCUAUCCGACCGAUUUUGGCAAGCCGGUAUUUCGGAGGGGAGUAAGGAUGAUUUCUACGCUAGAGUGCUUGGGAAGAAGAACACCCUAGAAGGGCUUGCGUCGACUAUUAGAGGGACUGUUCGGUUCGUACGGGAAACAUGCUACGCCGUCAUAUAUUGUAUGACGCGGCUGGACAUGCAGUUCUACGGCUUCCUGGAACUUCCCGGUCCGCUGGCGAACGCAUUGUUUGCGGAUUCGGUCUACCUAUCCUCUCACCAGGUCAUCAACCUCCUCACUCUCGUGAGGUUCCUUGUCGACCACUGCCCUGUGGAGCUACGGGAGCACUUCGUACCGCCUAUCCUGGCAACUUGUUUUGAGCAGAUGGACGCCAAAAUCAGCUCCGAGUGGGAGAAGCUCGGACAACGAGAAGCAGUUCGAGCUGCGGCAGACGAGUUGGCCGAGGAGAUGAAGGCCGAGAGCAUUCUCAGACAACUCACUUAUUCCGCGGUACUUAUGGUCGCCGAUGUUCUCGAUCCUGCCAGAGUCGCACCAGGGUCAGCUUCGGCGGACAAAUCCGAGGACGCGGCCUCAGGCACGAAAUAUCCCCCGCUCCGCAAGUUUUGCCUCAUGAACCCGUCUAUCGCUGUACCGCUCCUAGUCUUCUGCAGUCAUGCGAUCCGUAUGCACGAUGGUAGAUGCUGCGGCGUGGUGCUGCGCGUCUUCCGCUCCAUUGUGCCUGAAUUUAGCCCUUCAGAGCUCCCGAAGUCUAUUAAAGACUCGGGCCACACAGCGCCCCUCGAGGACUUUCCGAUUCCGGAGGACACGGCGAGAGAAAUCCGGGAGUACAUUUCCAUGGAGGUGAUGAGGGCGGCCAUUUCCUCACUGCACGAUCCCUAUUUCGUCGACUCCCAAAGAGACCUGGGCGCGCUCAUCGCUUAUAUUCUGGCCUAUUACUCAUCUCUGACGCCCACACCGCGGAACAUACUUGUCUCCUUGCCAAACAUCAAGCCAGAAGAUGUGGACAGGACGAUCCAGAACGUCUCUCAGCCGGGGGUGCAGUCUCGCCAGCAACGCGCGCUUGUCCUCGAACUACUCGAGGACCUGAAGGGGGUUAGCAUCUCGGAGAUGGGGAAGCUUACCAAGAGCCUCGGCGUAAGGCCAGGAUCAUCACGCGGCAGCAAGAAGUCUACUCGCAGCAAAAUGGCCCAGGAAUUCAUGACGCCGAACGGGGGCUCGGGAACAGGCGGAGCGGCGGAUGGCUCGGCAGGACGCAACAAGACCCCCGACUUGGAUGGCGUGGCCGGGAUGUUUAACGAAGCGGGCUAGGAGGAGAGAUGGAAUGGGGGGUCUUCGCGCCGCCCUGGAGUCCUCUGAUGCAUUUGGGGCGGGAUGUUGGGGGGUACUUGUACAACAAUGCGACUUCACAUCGGCUUUUACUCCGCGAUGUCGCGCAGAGAUGGCCCGCUCAUUGGAAGUGGGCGGCAUCUAGCAGUUUGCUUUACUUGCGAACAAGGGAUGGGGAGGGGGGCAUUGCGGUAAUGUCUCGAGUUAGACACGUUGAUACCUUUAACUAAGUAGAUGAAGUAAAGAUCUAGUUCUAGGCUCUGGUCAGUGGGGUUCGAAACC